ACUGCAGUUAGCGUCCUAAUUCCAUUGGCGCCUGAAAAAAUUCGUUCGUAAUUUGAGAGGAUUGGCUGUAAUUUCUUUGUUUAAACUAUUUCCCGAUAACGGAAAAAGAUGCAAAAGGCGCGACCUAGCAAGGGAACGCCCAAGGCAGCCGGUGGAGGACGCCAGAGCGGCCAGUUCCGGGUGCCGCAAUUAACUGCCCAACAACAAUUGCGGGCUCAGCAACAAAAUGAGGAGGAGGACGCCGCCAUGGACGCACUGGAUGACGCCCUCAUCUUUGAUGACGAGGAGGGUGGCACCCGAAUCGGCGAUAUAUACAUCCCGCCACCGGUGCCGCCACAUUGCUCCAUGGAGAGCACUGGGCCACGCCUGAUCAUCGCAAAGAUCGUGAAUGUGAAUUUUAAAAGCUAUGCCGGCGAAGUCGAACUGGGACCCUUCCACCAGAGUUUCACGGCCAUUAUUGGCCCGAAUGGCAGUGGAAAGAGCAAUGUCAUCGACUCCAUGAUGUUUGUAUUCGGCUGCCGCGCAAAUCGCAUCCGCUGCAAGCGUGUAUCUACUUUAAUCCAUUCCUCGUCGAAGUUUCCAAAUCUCCGGAGUUGCUCGGUGGCUGUUCACUUCAAGCAGAUCGUGGACAAGGGUGAUGGCACCUGCGAGGAUGUCCCGAACUCCAGCAUUGUCAUCGAACGCACAGCCAUGGCUGACAACUCUUCCUACUAUCAGAUCAACGAUAAGCGGGCCCAACUUAAAGAUGUGGCGAAACUGCUGAAAAAACACCAUGUGGAUCUGGAACACAAUCGUUUCCUCAUCCUCCAGGGCGAAGUGGAGUCCAUUGCCAUGAUGAAGCCAAAGGGGCAGGCUGAAAACGAAACGGGCAUGUUGGAAUAUCUGGAGGAUAUUGUGGGAACUCAACGAUACAUUCGCCCUCUGCAGCAAAUUAACCAGAGAGUGGAACAACUUACUGAUGAUCGUACGGAGAAGCACAACCGCUGCAAACUGGCCGAGCGCGAAAUGAAGGAUCUGGAGCAACCGUUCAACGAGGCCGUCGAUUAUCUAAAGAAGGAAAAUGAGCUGGUACGCACAAAAUCCUUUCACAUCCAAAAGAUCAUCAGCAUCAAAAAGACCAAGCUGGAACAGUACACCAAGGAGCACGAAGCCCUCGUGGAGGAGAUCAAAACCCUCGACGAGGGAACUGCUGCCCUAAAACAAGAAAGGGCUGAAAAGGAGUCCAUCAUUCGAAAGGAAAUUGAAGCCUACGAAUCUUUAGUGAAGAAUCGCGAACAAAUCAAGAAAAGGUUGGUGACCGUCGAUAGAGCACAUACUGAAAUCCAAAGCACCAUGGAGAACACAAACAAGCAGCGCAAGAAGGACAAGGCCCAGAUCGAGAAAAACGAAAAGGAGUUAGAGGAUCUCCACAAGCUACCGGAGAAAAAUCAAAAAGAGAUUGAAGAAUGCAAUAAGAAACUGGAGAGUUUGGAAAAGAAUAAGGUGUCACUGAACGAAGAGCUUGAAAAAUGUCAGGCAGAGCUGACCGAAACCACGGCGCCCUUGACCGAGAAGCGUUUGAAGCUCAGUGACGAGUUGGUCGGUCUAAAGGAGAAGGUCAACUCGGCUAAGGCGGAGCUGCAGGUGUUUGAAUCGCAGUUAAAGAUCCUGAAACAGGCUGAGACCACAGAGUCUAGGAAAUAUGAGACCCUAAAGAGCUCCUACGAGCAGUCACAAAAAAGUCUUGAGGAAAAAGUUACCAGAGUGGAUGAACUCAAGGAAAGCAUUCCACGCAUGAAGGCGGAAAUAGCCAACAAGACAGCAGAGGUGGAUAAAAUGGUCAAAGAAGAACGAAACCUUUCCAUGCAGUGCAACAAACUGAAAACAGAAAUCAAUGAAAGAUCGACUAUAAUGCAAGCUCAGCGUUCGAACAACAAAGUCCUUGACUUCCUCAUGCGUAUGAAGAUGGAGGGGAAAAUACCAGGCAUCCUGGGUCGCUUGGGAGACUUGGGUGGCAUAGAUGCCAAAUACGAUGUGGCUAUUUCGACCGCAUGUGGACGCCUGGACAACAUUGUCACUGAUAACUACGACACUGCAGCGGCGGCCAUUGCUGCGCUGAAGCAGUACAACGUGGGAAGAGCCACUUUCAUUACGCUGGACAAGAUUGAUCAUUUUCGUCGUGAUGCCAAUUCUAAAAUAAACACACCAGAGAAUGUACCUAGAUUGUACGACCUGAUAAAUGUAGAGGACGAUCGUGUGAGAACAGCUUUCUUUUUUGCUUUGCGCAAUACGCUGGUAUGCGAAGAAUUGGAACAGGGAACUCGCAUUGCAUACGGAAGGGAGCGCUACCGAGUGGUGACCUUGCGCGGUGAGAUGAUCGAGAUGACUGGUACCAUGUCCGGUGGUGGCAAUCGACCAUUGCGCGGUAAGAUGGGCACACAGGUACGCACUAAGACGGCAGAAUCGGCCGACACCUCGCAAAUGUCGCAGAAGGCGCUAGAAGAAAUGCAAAUUAAGGCAGAGGAGCUGCAGACUCGGGUGAACUACUGCCAGGAGCAGCAGGGCAGUCUUGAGCGCGAGAUCCAGACCCUCAGAAUGAAUCAUCAGCGGGACGAGGCAGAGUACAAGCGGUUGGCAGUGAGCAUUACUUCCCUUGAACAGCAAAUGGCCAGCAACCUGAAACAAUGCGAGGCGCAGCGCCAACGAAUGCUGAAGAAGACAACCGACGAAGGGGCCGUCAAAGAGCGAGAGGAGCAAAUCGAGGCAGCCAAGCAAGAAUUGGAGCAAGCUCAGCUCGCCGAACAGGCUGUCUCAAGUCGAAUUGAGGAGAUCCAAACCCAGUACACCGACCUGAGAAACGAAAGCGUUAAGCCCGUGGAGGCCAAGAUAAAGAAGGUUAGCAGCCAGAUUGAAAAGCUGGCCGCCAACGUUCGCUCUUUGAAUGUGGCCUUGGCCUCCGCUGAUCGCAACAUUCAAAAGAUCACGGGAAACAAUAAUAAUCUUCUGGAAAACAUUAAAGCUGCUGAAGAGAAAUUGAGAGCCCUGAGCGAGGAUCGCCAGAAGUGCGUGGAGAAAAAGGAGGAGCUAGAAAAGGAAGCCGAGGAAGCUGAUUCAGCAAUAGAGAACGCCAAGUCCCAAUCCUCCGAUAUUAAGAAAGAAAUAGAUGAGAUUACCAAGCAGGAAAACAAAAGGAACCUCGAGCGCGUUGAAAUAGACACAAAGCUGCAGGCGGCGGCGGGAAAAAUGAACAAGGUGAAAGCAGACAUUCCCGGAUGGCAGUCGCAACUGGUACCUUUAAAGCUGAACGAGAUCCCUGGAGAAACUGAGCCACAGGUGCCCCUCAAAGAACUCAAUGAAGAAGAGCUAGAGGCAGAGACCUUGGAAGCACUCCAAUAUAAGCAAACCAUGCUCGAGGAAGAUCUGAAAACAAAGAAGCCCAACUUGGGAUGCAUCAAGGAGUUCAACGAGAAACGUAUAAUAUACUUGGACCGUGUGCGUGUUCUGGAGGACAUCACCUCCAAGAGAAACGAGAUGCGCGACAAAUAUGAGGAGGUGCGAAAGCGUCGGUACAAGGAAUUCAUGGAUGGUUUUAGCAUCAUUACGAGAAAACUUAAGGAAAUGUACCAAAUGAUUACGCUGGGCGGCGAUGCCGAGCUGGAGCUCGUGGACUCCAUGGAUCCAUUUACCGAGGGCGUUAACUUCACGGUGCGUCCGCCCAAGAAGAGCUGGAAAUACAUUUCGAAUCUCUCAGGUGGCGAAAAGACUCUUUCCUCCCUAGCCCUAGUAUUUGCCCUGCAUUAUUACAAACCUUCGCCGCUAUACUUUAUGGAUGAAAUCGAUGCGGCUCUGGACUUUAAGAAUGUAUCUAUUGUGGGGCACUAUAUAAAGGAGCGUACAAAGAAUGCGCAGUUUAUUAUUGUUUCCCUCCGUGUUAACAUGUUUGAGCUGUCCAACUAUGUGGUGGGUAUAUACAAAUUCAGCGACUGCACGGAGUCCAUCUGCGUGCGAAACCACCCGCCCGAACUUCCCACUCAGCAGCACGUGGUCGCUAAUAGUCAGUAUGUAGGCGGAGCAAUCGCUCAGGACAAUACUCUGUUUCCCGGGAACGAGGAGAACCAAUCGCCAACCCUCGUAAAUAAUCAAAUUGAAAGUCAAGCCACAUUUUCCGCACCAAAUGAAAAUACUGGAAGAGAAAGCCAGGCUCAGGAAUCCCAGGCCAGACCCUCAGAAGAAUCAUCCCAGUUAAGCCAUGGUUUUGGAAGGGAAACCACAUUCGCUCCACCCAUGGAAAGUACAAUGCUUGCACAGAGUGUGGAGCGCACCGUCAUCGAGGACGUCAUUGAACACCCAAAUGCCAUACAAAGACUAACUACGAGUGUAUCUUUGGAAAGUCCGCCCAGCUCUCCAGCUUAGUGUAUUAUCUUAUUACAAGGCUACUUCAAUUAUUAUAGGCAAACUGCAAAUUGCUUCGAUUUUCAGCACUGUUUUAACCUUGACAUGAAUAUUAGACAUCCUAAUUUAAUAUAAAGGCCACAGCUGAGUUGUUCAGGGUCAAUUUUUAAUUUAUCUUUAAAUAAUUAUUUCUUUAAGAAAAAAAAACUUAUGAAUGUUAGUAAAUCUUAAGCCAUUUUCUGUAUUAAAUUUGACAAUUAUUUAAAGCGUCAAAAAUAUAUUAACCGGUGGCCAACCAUUGUUAGAUAAU